UUCAAUGGUGGCGUGAAGCUGUGUACGAUUAGGAGAGAAGUGUAAAAUCUGUCUCAAUCCUUAUAUUUUUGGACAGCCAUGACACCUGAAAAGCGAGGAACAUAAACUACGCAUUUGACAUUAUUUGAUGAUAUUUAAAUUAUAGGUAUUCGUUACCCAGAAAGACACAAAAGGGAUGGUGAAAUUUGGAUCUAUACAGAAGGAACUGAAAUCUAAGAUUCUGGGGGAAGGGGGACCGUGAAUUGAGGGCAUCGUUAACCAGUAAAGGAACGUGGAAUAUCUGCUGAGGUAACGUUAAGAAAAGGCAAAACGCUCAACAAUCGGGAUAAGCAACGUUAUUAAGUUACAAACGAAGAAUUGAACUGACCGAAAUGGAACUGAGAGUGGGGAACCGAUACAGACUGGGCAGAAAAAUCGGAAGUGGUUCUUUCGGAGACAUUUAUUUGGGUACAGAUAUUUCAGUGGGAGAAGAGGUUGCCAUUAAGUUGGAAUGCGUGAAGACCAAACACCCCCAGCUCCACAUAGAGAGCAAGAUCUACAAGAUGAUGCAAGGAGGAGUGGGCAUUCCAACAAUAAAGUGGUGUGGAGCAGAAGGUGACUACAAUGUGAUGGUGAUGGAACUGCUUGGGCCCAGCCUGGAAGAUCUCUUCAACUUCUGCUCCCGCAAGUUCAGCCUCAAGACAGUCCUGCUACUGGCUGAUCAGAUGAUCAGUCGCAUUGAGUACAUUCACUCCAAGAACUUCAUACACAGAGAUGUGAAGCCUGAUAACUUCCUGAUGGGGCUGGGCAAAAAGGGCAACCUGGUCUACAUUAUUGACUUUGGCCUGGCUAAAAAAUAUCGUGAUGCCCGCACACACCAGCACAUCCCCUACCGCGAGAACAAGAACUUGACUGGCACUGCACGCUACGCCUCAAUCAACACACAUCUGGGGAUUGAACAGUCAAGACGUGAUGACCUGGAGUCUUUGGGCUAUGUUCUCAUGUAUUUCAAUCUGGGCUCGCUACCUUGGCAGGGCCUCAAGGCUGCCACCAAGAGGCAAAAGUAUGAACGGAUCAGUGAGAAGAAAAUGUCCACACCCAUUGAGGUGCUUUGCAAGGGGUACCCAUCUGAAUUUGCAACUUACCUAAAUUUUUGUCGCUCCCUGCGCUUUGAUGACAAACCUGACUACUCGUACCUACGGCAGCUUUUCAGGAACCUGUUCCACAGACAAGGCUUCUCCUAUGACUAUGUAUUUGACUGGAACAUGCUCAAGUUUGGAGCUAACCGUGCAGCAGAGGAAGCAGAGAGAGAGCGCCGUGACCGGGAGGACAGGCUGAGACAUGGCAGGAACCCAGGAGCUAGAGGAGUACCAGCUGCAUCAGGCCGACCACGGGGAGCCCAAGAUGGCGCCCCGCCCACCCCACUGACACCCACCUCACACACUGCUUCCCCUCGGCAAGCGUCUGGUAUGGAGCGUGAGCGAAAGGUCAGCAUGCGACUGCACCGUGGUGCUCCUGUCAAUGUUUCAUCCUCAGAUCUAACAGGACGCCAAGACACCUCCCGCAUGUCCACCUCACAGAAUAGCAUUCCCUACGAGCAUCAUGCCAAGUAGACGCUCGCCACGUCCUUGUGUGACGGCGGCAACACUGGAUGGUGUCGGGUAUACCGCCUACUGGUCUCCAUCCUUUAGCUCCUCGAUGAGCCCCCACAAUGCAACCUGGCGGACCAAGCCCUGUUCACUCAGAUGCGAUCAGACAUACUAACCACCACCAUUAUUAAUUACUACUUCAACAGUUGCCAUUGAAAUCCAGCUUCAGAUUCAAAUAGCUUUCUAACUGACUACUCUCAGUACUGUCACCUCCAUCAGAAUCUUGCGUACAUACACACACACUCUCUCUCACCCUCUCUCCCACACACAUACACACACACACUAUUUUUCACUCUCUCUUACUCUUUUCCCCUUUCUGUGUCCUGGUCUUCCCAUAACAUGUUAAAGUGUUGGACAUCAGGAUUGUUCUCUGUCCACUUUUUAAGGAGACAUUUGUACAUCCCACCUCACUGUUCCCAGUGUGAGAGAUACUGAAUGGAGAGUGUUUUUUCCAGGGCAAACAUGGCAACCCAGCAGUCUUUUCUUGGAACACUGCCUGACUGACACACCAGUUAAUGACACUGGUUUGUCCCUUCUCUGGAGAAAACCUCAUCAUUGAUGACACUAUCACUGUCUGCUAAUUCAUGCCUUAUCAGUAAAACUGCUUUUCUCCCUUUUUUGCAGCAAGAUGUAUGAAGCUGCCACUGAUGGCCCUCUCCAGUAAUUCUAUAGUCAUUUGUAUUCAAUAAAAAGAAACGACUUCUUUGCAUGUUUUUAGAGGUGAGUCCCCAGAGUCAGGUGUGGAGGCUUGACUGCUAGCUGAACCCAUGAAAAUACCAAAAAUAUGCUUUGGUAUCUCAGAUGCAGGAGGUUGUGAUUUCAUUGAUCAGUCAAACUGUUCUGUUGUUCACCUGUAGGCUCUGGUAUACUGUCCAAUGAGCCCUUUUCCCUUUUCUAGUGUUGUACAAAAGAAGUGCACUUUAUAUAGGGGCAAGGGUGUCAUCUGACAUAUUUCACUAGAUGACUAUUUACUGUGUACAGAUUAACAGUUUUCUUAAUUGUUUUAUUUUGAAGCUGUGAAAAAUCUAGAUGUGUAAAUGUUUUUUUGUUGUUGUUUUUUCCCAAUGACAUAGGGACGGGUCUGAACAUAACUUCUAAGCUUGGUACAGGAGCCUAGCUUGCAGGUUUAAUAAUCUUAGUUUAGUAAUCUCCCAUCAGACUGCCCCACUAAGAGCCAUGGAGUUAUUACAUGAAGGCAGUUUUGUGGUCAUAGAUUUAUUGAAUAAGGAUGACAUUAUGUAUAACACCUCGCAGUCAUAGCUACUGUGGUGGGUAUGAGAGGUUCAGUGAAUCAUCUAUCCGUGGUGUAAACUGCACAGCCAUGGGCACUGAGUAUGUGUUCUUUAUGAAGCUUCUUUAAUAUUUGAAAUUAUAUUUUGUUAAGAGGAAAGGUUUACAACCUCCAACAGCACUGUUUUGGGGUUGGAUUCAACUUGUACAUGUCUGAAACAUCUGGCUGCGAUGCUCUGCCAUGUCUAUCAGAAUGAAAUGGUCUGUUGUAAUUCAUUCUUUCUGCUGCUCAUUCUCCUACGUAGAUUGAUUUGAGUGAUUCUGACCUUAGGUCUCUUAAGUCAGCCAUCCUAAACCUAUUGAAUCAUGUAAGCAACCUAGUCAGCAAGAUUUACUUUUACUCACAUUUAUAUUUGCCACUGUAUUUGUGUACUUAAACUGUAAAUAAAUGAACUCCUUGUACUUUUUGUGCCAUGA